AACGCAUAGUUAUCGUACUACGGAAAUACAGGAAGACUAUGCUUCCACUUCGACCUUUUUUGCAGAGAUUUCCACCCAGUCCUUCAACGAUCAUGAAACAACAAUUAUGACCGACGGAUAUAACAACGAAGGAAAUGAUGAUUGUACCUACAUCUUAUUACCAAUACUGAUCGGAUCGACAGCGGUCUUAUUUCUGGUUCUUCUUGCCGUGACGAUUUGCUGGAUCAUCCCUCAGAUUUGGAAGCACUUUUCAAGCAAACUUGGGAGUGAUUCACAGAUAAUCCACACAUACUUGGACAUGAGAGGUCGCAGUCCCCACGAUGAAGAAAACGUGUCGGUAACGUCACCUAUAGGCGGCGCCAUGUCACCAGCUCUGACAAGGACUCAUCCGCAUGAUACGGUAGGACAAUUAGGUGAAAACGCGUCGAAAACCGAUCGUGAUACAAUAAUCUACGAGACCAUUCCUUCAAGCAGUAAUGACAGCAAUGAAAGACACAUUUGGGACACUGACAUUGACGAUUUUGGCUAUGUUCUCCCGAAUCCCCCGACCAAUUUGAAAGAAAAUGUUACAUUAUUGCAUGAAGAAGACGAGCUCACUGGCAUCAGCUGUAGAACUUUGCAGGAUGAAGAAGGAUACCUUAUUCUGACAAUGUGAAUGUAUGCUUGUCUAUUAUUGACAACCAUUUAUUCUGGACCUGUAUAUAUCUUUGUAAAAAAUAUAUUUGUCUUGUCAUUUGUAUGUAUAAAUAUGUUGUUUUAUGGAGAGAAAAAGCCGAACCAAACCAAAACAAAACUGAAUAACCGCCUUUAGAACCAAUUAAUUGGAAUGGAAGUAAUAACAGUAAUUUCAAAUUAAAAUAAAACAGUUUUCAAAACAGAUUUCGGCCAGUUGGUCUUUUUAUACAUUCAUUUACCAUCUUAUCUAUUUCCUUUUAUUUAAAGGAACACGUUUCUUUUUAUUUUCACGUAAACAUUUUGUAGCAGCUUACAUGAUGAUAAUUGUUUAAACAUAUGUGUAGGACUAUGUUUACAUGCAUAUGUAUAUAUAUUAGGACCUUUUCUUUUUACUUUUCCAUCGUCUUUGAGUUUUCAUUUUAAAUGAUAAUUUGUGAAGAAUUAUCAUUGAAAGGCAUAUAUAUUGAAAAGGGGGAAGUGUGAAAUUGUGUCGCAGCCAAACACUCGUUACUAAGAUUACAGUUUAACAAAAAUGUACAGAACAAUGGUUUUUAUUACUUAUUCACAAAUAUAAUCAGGAGUGGUCCUGAUAUUAUCUUAGAAUGAUUGCGUCGAUUGAAGUUGGGAUAUUGUAUUAGAGGUAGCAUUGGACCAUAUCAUCUCGAUAUUGAAACACAAAUCUAAGAAGCAUGUUUUGAUUUGUGUUUGAUAUAAAUACAAUUAUCCCGAAAAGUUGUCAUCAUGUCGUGGGGAUUAACGCAAUCAUUGUAGAAUAGAUGUUGUAAGACGGUCGAAUGAAUAUAUUUCAGGUAAAUUCGAAUUUUAUAUUUCACUUUCUUGUUGCUGUUUGGCUAUUUGUUUGAGAAGUAGUAAAUGAUAAGUUAAAUUACUGAUUCAUGAUUUACUGACAUUUGUUAGUUAUUACUCAUUUGUUUUUAAAUUGUAUGAAGAAAAAAAAAUUAUCUAUGUAAAAAAGGACUUGAGGUAUGGAACGAUAUACAUGAACUUAUAUCACACAAGCCUUUACCACUGUUCUUUGGAUUAAAAUUGAAAAAAGUAAAAUAAUCUAAAUCAAACUUUAUUUCAGGAUUUGUCGAUACGUAAAACGAAUUUCUUUAUCAUUCGAACAAUAUCAGUUCACUACAAUUUAAAUGUAUUAGUAAUUGGUUAAGGUGAUGAAAGGUAGUAGGGAUGUUCAUAAAACAUCAAGUACCUUGGCAUUCUAAUGCCAAAUUGUGUUAUACGUGCCGUCAUGCAUGCAGUUCAGCUGCAUGAAACUUAUGCGGUACUCUUCAUUAUCCUCUUCUCUGUCUAUUUUCUCUCUCUCU